AUGUAUCGCGAUGUCGUGCAUCGCCGCUGGGCGCGCGCCUUUCUCUUCCACCUGCUCUCCAUCGGCCCCUUCCUCUUCCUCUGGGCCGCGCCGCUCGUCGUCCGCGCGGGCCUCCUCCCAUCGCUCCUCUCCUUCUUCUCGCUGCGCCUUUACCUCGCUUUCGCGAUUUUGAUCUUUCGCAACUUCUUUUCCCAAUGGGAGGCGGAAGCGGCUCGGGCGACGCUAGCUGGCCGCGCCAAGUUCGCUUCUCUUUGCGCCGCGGCGGGCGCCGCAGGUGCGAUCGCGCUCUCGCUCUUCCGCGCGCAGCUUCUGGGCAGCACGGCGGAGACCGAAUCCAACGACGAGUGGCGGCCAGACGGUUGGGCCGUGGCGGGCGAGGCGGGAUUCGGCGGCGCGGUGGGGGUGCUGUUCGCGGCGUACCACGUGGUGCGGCGCGACUACCUCCUCGCGUUCCCCGUGCUGCAGCGCGCCCCGUUCUACCGAUUCAAGACGACCCUCCCGCGCUGCGCCACGUCAGCAGCCACAUUCGGGUGCAUCACCGCGCUCCUCUACUCCCUCCUGCUCCGCCCGCUCCUGCUGCCGCUCCUCGCCACCGCCACCACCACCGCCACCGGCAUCCCGCUCACCUUCCUCGCCGCCCCGCCUCUCUCCAUCCGCGCACUGCUGCUCUCUCUGCUGGCCCGCCUGCACGGCGUGGCGUUCCUGGCCUUCUCCUGGGAGGCCGCUGCGGCCGCCACGAACAUCUUCCUCACCCACCACCACCUCUUCCUCCCCGCGCCCUCCUCCCCCUCCUCCCCCCUCGCCCCCCUCCUCCUCGCCCUCUCCCCCUCCCCUGGCCCCGCAACUCCUCCAUCCCCUGUCCCCCUGCCCCUCCUCGCCCUGCCCCGCCUCGUGCUCCACUGGGCGCUGCUCGACCUCUCGCUGCUCGCCGAAUCAGAGGCUGACACGUGGCGCCGCGCGGCGCUGUUUGAGUCGCAGGAGGCGUACAGCGCAGUGGUGGCGGCGUGCAUCCGCCCCAUCGAUGCCAUGACGGCCCGAGUCGCUGCUGCUGCUGGUUAUCCCACCGUUACCACUGCACUGCAGCAGCAGCAGCAGCAGCAUUAUUCCUUACAGUCACCCACGGCUGCAUUCACAGCAGCCGGGUUUGCCUCUGCUGAAGGGAUGAGAUGGCGGCAGGGGAAGGGCGGAGGGGAGGGGGUGGAGGGGCAGGCGCUGCAAGGGGGAGAGGUCUUGGGAAGCGGCGCAUAUGGGGGGUUCGGGGGGCCAGGGGGGAGUGGAAUGGGCGUGGGGGGCGUGGAGGGGAGGAGGAGAGCGCCCAGCGCAGCUGAGGUGUUCUUUGACUGGCAGGUGAGCGGGCGGCAGGUGAGCGGGCGGCAGGUGAGCGGGCGGCAGGUGAGCGGGCGGCAGGUGAGCGGGCGGCAGGUGAGCGGGCGGCAGGUGAGAGGGCGGCAGGUGAGAGGGCAGCAGGUGGGCUGCUGUCCCUCCCCCUUUCCUCUCCGCCAUGCUCGACCCGUGAACCCCCGACUCUCCGAUCCACUUCCUCCAUACCCCUCCACGUCUCUCCCCGCACACCUGCUGUGUGUCAUGAGCAUGCGCGCGCUGGCAGCGCUGACAGCAGCGUCGCGGGGGGAGGACCGCAUGGGCGUGGCGCAGAUGGCGGGCGCCAACGCCGCGGCGCUUUCCGCGCUGCUCUCUGCACUGCUCGCCCUUGACUCGCUCCUCCUCUCCCCCUCCCACCGCCACCCCGCCGCCCCCGCCACCUUCUCUGGCUUUGGGGAAGCUUCCUCGCAAGCGACUCCUCCAGGUGCCUCUCAACCUGCCUUCUCCCACCAGACCUCGGUUCUAGCUUCAGGAAGCGGGGGAUUAUUUGGCACACCGACCCUCGGUCUUAGGUAUGGAGGUGCUGCAGCAGGUGGUUCGGACGUACCAGGCGAGGGAGCAGGGGGCGGGGCGGUGGGGAGAGCUGUGUACAGCGAGGGGGUGGUGGGGCCGGUGUGGGGCGAGGCAUGGGCCAUGGCGGAUGUGGUGCGCACCUCUCUGUAUUGCAUUGCAGAGACGUUUGGGGAGGAGAUGGUGGAGAAGGCGGGUGGAGGGAUGGGAGGAGGGAGGGGGGGGAAGAGGAGGCGGUGGGGCAGGUGCUUGGAGGGUGGAUGA